UUAAAUAUUCAUCCUCCGUUCCCGGUGGCACACUUUUCCUCCUUGUGAACCGACCCCUGCUGCUCUGAUCCUCGCCAGAGGAGCAGCAGAGAGGAUGGGGAAACUUGACUACGGCGCUCCCGUGACGUGAGCAACCCCGGAGGAUGGGUGUGCAGGAGGAAAGGAGCCUUCAUGGGGACCAGAUUUGGGCAGUGUAGUACUGCUUUGGCCAGGUGGACCUGUCCUCACACAGAUACUGAACCUGCAUAUAUUGCCGGCACAAAUUCAACCAGGCAUAUCUAAACUGAGGAAUCUUUUAAAGGUUUACAGCAUUACAUCCUGAAGAGAGGGCAUGGUGUGUUCCUAGCUACUUGUCAAAAUGCCCGGCAAGAAAGAUCCCAAGAAGGACGCAAAGAAGGGAGGAAAACCUGAACCAGAGAAAAAGAAAGAGGAGGAAAAGAAAGGAAAAGAUGACAAAAAGGGAGGAAAAGAUGACAAGAAAGCUGGCAAGGAUGAUAAGAAAGCUGGCAAGGAUGAUAAGAAAAGAGGGAAGAAGGGAAAGGAGGAACCACCUAAGGGGAAAGAUGAUGGAAAGAAAGGAAAAGACAAAGGCAAGGGAAAGAAGGUGGAAUCUGAGGAGGAGGAAGAUGAAGAGCUCCUGAGUGAUGAAGAAGAGGAUGAAGAGUUCAGUGAAGAAGAUGAUGAGGAGGAAGACUCAGAGGAUGACAGGAGAGGGAGGGGGCGAGGAGGCAAGGGGGCUAAAGGAAAGAAAGGGGGAAAGUCUAGACGUGGGGAAGAUUCUGAAGAAGAUGAGGAGGAGGAGGAAUAUGAAGAUGAAGAGGAUGAGGAGGAGGAUGAUUAUGAUUAUGCUGAAUCCAAAAAGAAAUCCAAAGAUCACCGCCACCAUCAUAAAGGAGGGAAAUCUGAUGCUGAUCCAAAGAAGAAGAAAGGAAAGAAGAAAGAGGAGGCUCCGCAGCUUCCGAUAAGGGAAAUCCCAAAGAAAGGUCUGAAGAACAUGUCCAGGAUGUUCAUGAAGUUUUCCGGCUUCAAGAAGCGGAGGAACAGCAGGAAGAAGCUAAAAAGUACAUUCAGUUUGUUUCUUGGGUUGGGUAAGAGAAGAAAAAAACUUGCUAAGAAGAAACGCCGCAAGUCAAUGCUGAAGAACACCUCUCGAUUCAUGAUGAGGUUUAAGGCCAGCAAAAAGAGGAAAAAAGAGAAGGAGGCCAAAGAGAGGGCAGAAGCAAAUGGUGGGAAGAAGCCAACCUAUAUGCUGCUUCGUCUGGGAGGAGGAAGAGAUUCAGUGGAGAAGAAGGGUGGUUUCUUUAAAGGGUUAUUUGGAAAAAAGGACGGUGAUGGCCGAACUGAUGGCUUCAAGAACAGAAGUUCGUUGCUGGGUAAGGUUGCAGCAGCAACUAAUUGGCUGACCAAUCGCUUCCUGUCCACUAAAAUGCGUCGAAAUUCGGGACACCAUGGCUGGGGGGGACGUAGAGCACACAGCCGCCAAGCCAGCUCCAGAGGUUAUCUCCGUGGUUACCAUAACGAUGGGUAUGAGCAUGGGGAGGAGGCUUAUGGAUAUGACCAGCGGCAUUCAGUCCGCCAGAAAGGUUAUGGAGGCUAUGGUGAUGGUUAUGGUGGUUAUGGAGACGAGGCAGCUGCAGCAUAUGAAAGUCAGGGUCACUUUGGUUACUAUGACAAUGGAGCAGGUGGAGCAGACUAUCAGGACCUGGGUUACUAUGAAGAAGAAGGAGUCUAUGAUCCAAAUGCAGACUAUUAUGAGGGUGGUCUCUAUGAUGAAGACAUGGGGGACUACUAUAACCCUUAUUUCGCUGCCCAAGGCUACUAUAACAACCAGGAAGCUGAUUACUAUGGUUACCAGCAACAACAGGCAAUGGCAAUGUAUGGUGACGAGGGUCUGGACUACUAUGCACUGGUGGGUGAGGACCAUAUGCAUGAAGGAGAGAUGGAUGGAUUUCUUGGCCCUCAGGCUCAGGGUUAUUAUGAUGCAAAUGGUGAAGGAGUUUACUAUAAUGAUGGACAAGGGGAUUACUAUGACAACGGACAGGCAGGUUAUGAGAAUCCUUAUGCAGUAACGAUGGGGAUGCAAGGCGGAUUUCCACCAGACUAUCAAUUUAGCUAUAGUGAUGCUGGCAUGCCCUACCAAGACUACAGCUCCCAGCAGGCCAUUGGUUUCCCACAAGGAGGCCAGCAGGUCUUUGGCUUUGGAGGGCAAGGGAUGGAUCAGGUACAGGGCCUAUAUGGGGACCAGUAUGCAGACCACUUGGAUCAAUAUGGGGAUGGUACUGGCGGGGUUCAGGGAAGUGAGAUGACAUUUAGAGUUCCUAGACCUCAAGUGCGCCUAUUUGGGAAAGAGCGUCUAGAUGUGCCCCUGCCCCCUCCACCUACUUUGCCACCUGAUCCAGAGUUUGAAGACAUGUCAGAAAUCCAGUAUGAAGACCAGAUGCCUUUUCCACCAGGUCAAGAUGCUGCCAUGAUGUCAUCACAGCAGCAAAUGGCAUUGUCACCACAACAACAAAUGAUGAUGUCUCCUCAAGAGCAAAUGAUGAUGUCUUUGCAACAAGAAACUAUGAUGUCCCCUCAAGAACAAAUGAUGAUGCCACCACGGAUAAUGUCACCACAGCAACAGAUGAUUUUACAACAAGAACAGAGUAUGUCACCCCAAAUGAUGCCAUCACAGAUUAUAUCCCCACAACAGAUAAUGACCCCACAGCAACAGAUGAUGUCGCAGCAAAUGAUGUCACCACAGCAGAUGAUGCCACAGCCAAUGAUGUCACCACAGGAGCAGAUGAUGUCGCAGCAAAUGAUGUCACCACAGCAGAUGAUGCCACAACCAAUGAUGUCACCACAGGAGCAGAUGAUGUCACAGCAAUUGAUGUCGCCCCAGCAACAGAUGUAUCCAGAAAUGAUGCCGCCCCAGCAGAUGAUGACAGACCCAAUGGUGAUUUCACAGCAACAGGGUUAUGGCCCACCAUUAAUCCCUACUCCAACUGCUAUGAUUAUUAAGCAAGCAAAUAUGUCCCCCCUUCCUGCCCGGCGCCUGCAGCCCUCUCCAACUCCAUCCCGCCGCUCUGUCAUCAUGCCCUCCCCACAGAUGCAGCGCUAUCCCUCUGCCAUGGCUUCUCCAGUACCCUCCCCUAUGCUUCCACAGAGACGAAGCCCCUCCCCACAACCAUCCAUGAGGAGUGGGUUCAUUAAUGCCCAAAGACCCCCUUCUGUCAUGUCAAGAGGGAUUUCACCUCCUUCCUCCCUCAUGGCUUCCCCCAUCACCCGUCGUAGAAUGCAACCUCAGAGGUCACCGCCUCCCCUGGCAAGAGGACCCUCACCCUCUCUCUCUACCCAAGCCUCCAUGAUUCGGCGUAGUCCACCACCUUCACCAAGAGCCUCAAUUAGGCAACAUUCUCCACCCCCAUCACCCCGUGCUUCCAUAAGGAGGCGAAGUCCCCCAUCAUCACCCACUCCUGCCCACAGCCCAUUUGGUGGGAGAAAGAUGUAUAGGCCACCCUCCCCUCCCCACUCCCCUGGUCAUGCAUCUCCCCCUCUCUCUCCACACCUCAGUAGAAGGCCAUCUCCCUCUCCCUCCCCAUCUCGUCGCAGUUUAUCCCCUGCAGGACCUAGGCCUGCCCCAUCAUCUCCUACCCUUUCUCGUCGCUCAACUCGGCUGCUCAGGGACCCCACUCCAUUGGCCAGGCCUAGGAUGGGGGGAAAUGUUCCCUUAGGUACUGUUCGGCCCUCCCCUAUGGGUCUCCGGGGACGUCCAGUGCCCCCACCCACACAGAAUGUGCGUCCAUUCCGUCCCUCCUCCAUACGAAGCAAUGGAUCUUCUGUUCUCACAGUGGACUCCUCCCUCCUCUCCUCUCCUUUCCACUCCCCUCACAUGGUCCACCGUGUUCCCCUGGGGAGGAGAGAAUCUGGCCGAUUUCCUCCUCGCCCCAUGGCUCGAGGACGUCCCCUCAUGGCCCAGCAGUCUAUGAGAAGGAGGCCUCCCGUGUCGCCACAGUCCUCCCUUAAGCAUAUGCCACAUCCUGCAUCCCCACGCCUCUCUCCUCGACUUUCUCGUCAGUCUUCACCCCUCUUGCCCCCUCGAGCUGCUCAUCCAACCACUUAUGCAUCGGAAACGUAUGUGUCUGGCCCCUAUGCUGAUCCUUAUACUGAGCAGUCUCAUCAGUUUGUCGCCCCCUCUUCUCCCAAUUUAUCUGGUGCUUUGCAGAACCAGGCUAUCCGACAGGCCUCUUUCUCUUCUCCUCUUGGCCCAGAGGCAGCCCAGAUGGUAGGUAUGACUACCGAAUAUGCAGACCCUCAUGUUCCCUCAUCCCCUAUGCUUUCUGCUGCAAUGCAAAACCAGGCUAUUCGAGAUGCUUCCUAUGUUUCCCCACUGCAGAGACCAAUGUCACCUUAUGAGCAGCCUAUGGCCCCUUCCUCUCCCAUGUUGUCUGGGGCUCUACAGAAUCAAGCUGUACGAGAUGCCUCCUAUGUCUCUCCUUUGCAAAGGCCAAUAUCACCGUAUGAACAGCCUAUGCCUCCUUCAUCGCCAAUGCUGUCUGGAGCUCUGCAAAACCAAGCAAUAAGAGAAGCAUCCUAUGUGUCUCCUCUUCAAAGACCUCAGUCCCCAUAUGCCCCAUCUGUACCCUCAUCUCCAAUGCUAUCUGGAGCCAUGAGACAUGGUCCGGCACUAAGGGGUGUGGCUUCUUAUCAGACUCCACAUCUCCGCUCACCAUAUGGACCAACUGUUGUUACUCCAUAUGAAUAUAUCACUGAGCCUGGCCCGGCACCACUGCUCCAUGAUGCUUUACAGUACAGGUCUGAUUUGCAGAAUGUCACAUCUUUGAGAUCUCCAAUGAUGCAACGCCGUAACCCUUAUGCACCAACUGGGCCUCAGGUCCACAGCGCACUACAACAGAACCCAAACCUCCGCCAUGCAUCUUAUCGGACACCUGUGCAAUUUAGAUGGCCCUCCUAUGGGCCCCCACCACCCUCUUCACCAAUGUUAGGAAGUGCCCUACACAACCCACAGUUGAUGCAGGCAUCGUACCGGCUUCCAGAUGGAACCUUCGUGUCACCAUAUACAGAUUCACGUUCUUCCCCAAUGCUCAGCCGUGCCUUGCAAAACGAGCAAGUCCGUGGAGCCUCGUACACCUUGCCUGAUGGAUCAGUUAUCAGGGACCCACGUAUGCCCCAGAAGCCUAUGUCUCCUAACCUUUCCAGAGCUCUUCAGAACGAGAGUAUCAAGACUGCAUCAUAUACUCUCCCUGAUGGCACCAUUAUAGACCCUAGACAGCAGCAACCAAUUUCCCCAGACCUGGCUAAGGCCCUAAACAACCCAGCUCUGCGUGAAGCCUCCUUUUCUCUCCCUGAUGGUACCAUUGUGAUUGACCCCAAGAAACAGAAGUCCCCAAACCUUACAGCAGCACUUCAGAACCCUCACCUGAAAAAUGCAUCGUUCACACUACCAGAUGGUACUAUCAUCAUUGAUCCAUGGAAACCUGUCACUCCAAACCUGUCUGAAGCCCUCCAAAAGUCUGCCCUUCGAAAUGCCUCCUUCACCCUACCAGAAGGAGUUCGUGACCCCAAUUUACCCAUGUCUCCAAACCUGGCAAAGGCACUCGAUAACCCAGCCUUGAAAGGAGCUUCAUUCACCCUCCCAGAUGGAACUAUUAUAGUUGACCCAAGAAAACCAAAGACCCCCAACCUGGCAGCCGCCCUGCAGAACCCCUACCUUAAGGGCGUAUCCUACACCCUGCCUGAUGGAACCAUCAUCAUUGACCCAAGGAAACCAGUCGCCCCUGAUCUGUCUAAAGCUCUUGCAAAUCAAAACAUUCGUAAUGCAUCAUACCAGCUCCCUGAUGGUUCCCUGGUUAUUCCUGGUCAGGAGCCCUCCACUCCAAACCUUGCUGGUGCUCUAAGACAGAACAAAGCACUUCGUUCUGCAGGUCUUUUUCAUCUGUCGGAAAACUCUGUACUGUCAGGGGCACCCAAACCCACCACCCCUAACCUCACCUCUGCACUGCAGAAAGGGGACAUGCGUGGCAUCAGUUACAGGUUGCCAGAUAGCUCUCUUCUCACACGACGGUUCCACAACCCGAAGCUGGGUGAUGCUAUCCAAAACCAGCAGCUUCGCUAUGCCUCAUACAGGGCACCAACAGGACUGCAGGGUCCGGAUAAUUGCUAUGCUGUGGUUCCUCCCUACGGGCCACAGUCAGGCCACUGGGCCAGGGAUGCUCAAGGAGGAGGGGAAGGAGGAGAGGAUGUUUGGGCAGCUGAGAGAGUUUUGCCACACGGGACAGUCCAGAAUCUGUCAAAGUGGUCCAUGUACAGAGAAGACGGCAUGUUGGAAGGAUAUUUACCCUCACCUCGAAUUGUGGAUGGGCAGCCUCAGGAUCCAGACUGGACUCCUGACAGAGAGAGGGUACCUGGUCAAAGCUGGUAUGACAAGAUCUACUCUAUCCUAAGCAUGCCCACAACAGGCCAAAGGGUGAAACGCUGGGCAGAGGGAAUGGAGGACAUGACACAGCUCCCUGAGCUGAAUGAGACCACAGUUCUGAUGAACCUGAAGAAACGCUACGACCAGGAACUCGUAUAUACCUACAUAGGUAGCAUCCUCGUGUCUGUGAACCCCUACAAGCUGCUCAACAUUUACGGCACAGACGUGGUACUUCAAUAUGAGGGCUGUGGCCUGAGUGACAACCCUCCCCAUCUUUUUGCCAUUGCUAAUUUCUCAUAUACCACCAUGAUGGAUGCCAAAAAGGACCAGUGUAUUGUGAUCAGCGGAGAAAGCGGGUCAGGAAAGACUGAAGCUACUAAACUGAUCCUGCGUUACCUGACAGCCAUACAUCACAAACGCAACGUCACACAACAGAUAGAGAUCCUAGAGGCUACGCCCCUGUUGGAGUCUUUUGGGAAUGCCAAAACGGUGCGCAACGACAACUCCUCACGCUUUGGCAAGUUCAUGCAGAUCUACAUGGAGGGGGGUGUAAUCAGCGGUGCCAUAACGUCUCAGUACCUGCUGGAGAAGUCCCGCAUUGUCUUUCAGGCCAAAUCGGAGAGGAACUACCACAUCUUCUAUGAGAUGUUGGCAGGUCUUCCUCCUCACGAGAAGCGCUCACUGUAUCUGCAGGAAGCUGAGACUUACUACUAUCUGAAUCAGGGAGGGGACUGUACCAUAGAGGGGAAGGAUGACGGGGAGGACUUCAGGCGACUGCUGAGUGCCAUGGACAUCCUGUGUUUCACUCCAGAGGAGCAAAACGGCAUCUACAGGCUUCUCUCCUCUGUCCUUCAUCUGGGGAACGUCUUCUUUCAGCCACACCAGACUGAAGGUCAGGAGGUUGCGUCAGUGGUGAGCGCACAGGAGAUCAGGGUGGUAGCUGAGCUGCUGCAGGUCUCACCUGACGGCCUGCAGAAGUCCGUCACCUUCAAACUAACAGAUACAGUACGGGAGAAGAUCUACACUCCGCUCACAGUGGAGAGUGCUGUGGAUGCCAGAGAUGCCGUUGCCAAGAUCCUGUAUUCGCUGCUGUUUAGUUGGCUGACAGAGCGCAUCAACGGACGGGUCUACCCUCGCAACGAAGCCCUCUCCAUCUCCAUACUGGACAUUUAUGGAUUUGAGGAGCUACAGGUGAACAGUUUUGAGCAGCUGUGCAUAAACUACGCCAAUGAAACUUUGCAGUUCUACUUUAACAGGGUCAUCUUCCAGGAGGAACAGGAGGAGUACAUGCGGGAGCAGAUCGAGUGGCAGCAGCAGCCCUUCAGCCACAACCAGGCCUGCCUUGACCUCAUUGCUGCAAAGCCUCAUGGGAUACUGCGCAUACUAGAUGACCAGUGCGGUUUCCCUCAGGCAACAGACCACACCUUCCUUCAGAAGUGCCACUAUCACCAUGGUAACAACCCGCUGUAUGCCAGGCCAAAGAUGCCACUGCCAGAGUUCACCCUGAAACACUAUGCUGGGAAGGUCGACUACCAGGUUCACAAGUUCUUGGAUAAGAACUUCGACAUGGUCCGCCAGGAUGUCUUAGACCUCUUCAUGCAGAGCAAGAACAGAAUGGUAUCCAGCCUCUUCCUGAAGCACUCAGAGUCUGUGUCCCAGCAGCGGUCUAACGUGCGGCGCAGUAGCACAGCUCGUCGUUAUCAGGCCAACACAGUCAGCGCAAAGUUCCAGAGCAGCCUGCAGGAGUUGCUGGAGAAGAUGGAAAGGUGUAACCCUUAUUUUGUGCGAUGCAUCAAGCCAAACCAUCAUAAGGAACCAGGAGUGUUUGACAUGGAGCUGGUCACCACUCAGCUGCGUUAUUCUGGUAUCAUGGAGACCAUCCAUAUACGGAGGGAAGGUUAUCCAAUCAGAUUGCACUUUCACAGCUUCCUGUCCAGGUAUAAAUCUCUGCUCUGUUUGAGGGAUCUUCCACCAGCAGACGGAGAAAACUGUGUCAUUAUGCUUCACAAACUGGGCCCCGUCAAGAGAGGCUCGUAUCAGCUGGGAGUCAGUAAGAUUUUCCUGAAAGAGGAGCUGUACCAGCUGUUGGAGGGGAAGCGUGACCGCGUGUUGAACAUCGCUGCCAUAACGCUGCAGAGAUACACCCGCACAUUUUUUGUCAGAAAGAACUUUGUCAAGUUCAAAUGCAAUAUGACCAACUUUGAAGCUCACUGCAGAGGCUACCUGGCCAGAAAAAAGUUUGCUCUGAGGAGGAAGUACCUCAUGAGGUUUCGCUCCGCCGUUCUGCUCAUCGUCAACCGGCAGCGUUACAUGAGGACAGUGGUGGAACCUGCAAGGAAGGCGGAGGAGGAUCGCAUCAAUAGAGAAGUGGUGAAUGUGACAACACUGCCUAUCCCUGCUGAGCUGGCAGCCCUGCUGCAGGCAGCUUCAGGUGGUGAAGAGCUUCAUUCUGAUUGCUUGGCGGUGGUCCAGGCUCCAAAAGUUCAGGUUGAACCCCAGCUUACCCUGCCGCUGGAUAUCAACAUCUACCUCAUGACACAUUACAUCAGGGCCAUAUUUCGGGAGCCGUUGUUUGGGAUGCUGACAGCCCCGCUGGAGAGUUCUCUGAUCAGACUGGAUGAGGAGCUGAAACAAGGAUCCCUGAACAUUUUCAUUCUGAUACUCAGGUUCAUGGGUGAUCCAAACCUGAAUGGGGCUCAGGAGAAUCUGUUCGGGAACUACAUCAUCCAGAGAGGGCUUGCCAAUCCCAGCCUCAGAGAUGAGAUCUUGGUUCAAGUAGCCAAUCAGGUGUGGAGGAAUCCCAACAUUUUGAAUUCAGAGCGUGGUUGGCUCCUCCUGUCCUCCUGUCUCUCUGCCUUCCUGCCUUCUCAAAGACUGGCCAAGUACCUGCUGAAGUUUGUUUCUGACUAUGGGCCGGAGGGUUAUGACUGUGUGUGUCAGCACCGUCUGCUCCAGGCUCUGCAACGGCUGAAUGUCGGGCCAGAGUACGCCCGGACCUACCCACCCUGUCUGCUGGAGUGGACCGCCAAUCGCAAGAGAGCUCACACCGUCCUGCACAUACACUGCUUCGAUGGUGUGUCCUUCCUGUGUCCUCUACACUCCUGGACAACAGGAGAAGAGAUGGCCAAAGACAUCUUACAACACAGGAGUGUGGUGGACGGCCGUCGAGGCUGGUCAGUGCUGCUGAAGGAGCCGGCUCAGUGGGUGGAGCUGGAGGGCUCGGACUACGUUCUGGAUCUGAUGUCAGACCUGGAGCUUCCUACUGACUUCCCCAAACACAGCAGCUACUUCAUCAUCUCUGCACAGGAACCGAGCAGAGUGCGGCCCAACGCUAGCAUAAGCCUGUUGGGUGGCGGGUUUGAUAUGAAUGAUGAUGUCAUAUCUUCAGCCAUAACUGGCUCAGAUGGACUCAUUAGCCAAGACUUUGAGCCUCAGAGAGGGAUGGAUCGUUAUCUUGACAGCCUAUUUGACCCUGUUCUGUCUGACGGAAUUGGGGAAGUAGAAUCAGCUGCAGGACUGUCCAGCAGGAUGAAAGGGGCUGGGGGAGUUGGAGGCGGGUGGCAGCAAGGACAGUCAACCGGCCCCCCACCUCCAGCUGGAGCUGUGAGAGUCCUUCCUGUGGGAGGCGUAAUGUCGCCUCCUGUUGCUGCGGUGGCACCUGUGACACCUGGUUCAUCAGAUGCCCAGCAGGCUGUUUUGGCUCAGCAGCAGCAGGCCAUCGUAAACCAGCAGGCCAUCAUCAUGGCGCAGCAGAUGACCAUGCAGGCUAUGGCCAUAGUCAGCAGCCCAGUGACAAGCCCCCCCACCUCCCCUAUCACAAGCCCUCCCAUGAGCCCUCUGCUCCACCACCCUCCCAGCCCUUACGCCCCCGCCAGCUCCUAUGCUGUCAUACCUCCAAGCCCAUACGCCAACAUCCCACCCAGCCCCUAUGCUAACUUCACUCCGACUCCCUACACUGCAGCAAACAUCCCACCCAGCCCCUAUCCUCCCGCUACUCGACAGGAACAAACUCCACUGCAGCCUCCAGCUCAGCCUCCUGCUGAGCCACAGUCUCAGCCAGAAGCCCAAACUCAGCCUCAGGCCUCCCGUCCGAACCCCAAAUCUCAGAUAAGCUCCAACAAAACCAACAAAACUGAGUCACCACAGCUUAAAGCGAACCCGUCUGCACAGACCCAGUCAGGUAAGGACAGCAUCCCUCGGAGGAAGGCUCCAGGCAUCCCCAUAAACAAGGACAAACCCGCCAAGAAGUUUGCCCCAGUAGCAACGACUCCUCCGCCCCCUGCUGGAGAGGUGGUGAAGUACUCAGCUCGGACUGCAGAGCACAUCGUCCCCAGCCAAGAUAUCCAAGAAAUUAUCGAAAGGUACAACUCCCCACCUCCACCACCAGACCCGCUGCCUCCUGGCAAAAGGAGACCUGAGGGGAAGUUUAAGAAGAAGCAAACGGCUCGUGAUGAAGCUUUACAGAUCCUAAAACCCCAGAUGGAAAACCCUCCAGCUCCACAGCCCAAACGUCCUGUUGCUCCCUCACCUUCUGCAUCUGCAAUGAAAGAGGCCGGAUUUAAACCCACCAAGAGCACAAAGACAAGAGCACCUGAUCGGCCUCCUCCCGUACCUCCUCCAGUUUCUCGAGAGCUCCCAGUAGAGACAGAGACCAUCCAGACCCAGCUUCAUCAGAGCACCAACGAGGAGCACUACACCUACACCAAUGUUCCCUGGAGACUGUACCUGAGGAAGGAGGUUUUCUAUCCCAAAGACAGCUUCAACAAUCCGCUGGUCCUAGACCUCAUUUUCAAACAGAUAGUGAACGACACUCUGUCAGAAGCUUGUGUUCGCAUCACCAGAGAUGAAAGGCAGAAAAUGAAAGCUCUGUUCGCCAAACACGGGGUUGAGCAGAAUAUGGAUCCGGUGGAGGAGCAUGUGAAGAAAACCAUCGUCACGGCGGCCAGGGAAACCUGGGAAAUAUACUUCUCCCGACUGUUCCCUGCAUCGGGUAGUGUAGGAACAGGUGUGCAGGUGUUGUCAGUGUCCCACAGCGGCAUUAAGCUGUUGAAGACAGUAAAGAGCAGCGCUGCAGCUCCAGACUACUUCAGAGUCCUACGACCGUACACUUAUGCAGACAUCCUGUUUGUGACCAUCCCAUCUGAGAACAUGCUGGAGUUCAAUCUGACCAACGAGAAGCUGAUCCUGUUCUCAGCUAAAGCACCACAAGUCAAACAUCUCAUAGACACCUUCAUCAAUGAGAUCAAAAAGGACUCAAACUAUGUGAUUGCAGAACGUAACUUUGUGACUGACGACCGCUCAAUGCUCAGUUUCCACAAAGGCGACAUCAUCAGGCUGCAAGUACUGGACGGGCUGGAGAAGGGUUACAGCUAUGGCUGUGUGGUGAGGAAGAAGGUGGUGUAUUUGGAGGAUCUGAAGAGAGACUCUCAAGACUUUGGUUGGAAGUUUGGUGCCGUGUUUGGCCGCUCUGGUGCAUUCCCGGCCGAUUGCGUCCAUCCCGUUGCUCCUCCUGACUUCCUGUCCCUGCCUCUGGACCGCAAGUCGGAGCCUCGAGGCGGAGCAGGACAGUUUGCCGUGUCAUCAGCUGUGGCUGUUGCCGUGGCGUCCACCAUGGCUGCACAUGAGAUAGAUCAAACAAUUGAGAAGGUUUCCCUUGAUGGCUUUACUGAUGGAGAUCUGGAUGAGAGGGCUCUGCAGGACAGUAAAUAUGACAUGUUGGAGUUUGCCAAGAAGUACUUCAGACAGGCAGCCAGCGGGAGGGGAGAUUCCCUGAAGAGCAAAAGCAAAAGCAGAGACACCAGGGAACCCACUGAAAUGAUCAAGUUCUCCAAGACUCCUCUCACCGGGUCUCUGAUAGAGUUUACUGACCCGGCCAUGAACAGAGUGGCAGCAGAUCUCUUCCUGUCGGUGAUGCGCUUCAUGGGUGACUCUCCAUUAAGGGGCUCGACAGAACAUGAAGUGGUCAGCACUUUCCUCAAGCUGAUAGGAGAGUUCACCUUGAUGAGGGAUGAAGCUUACUGCCAAGUCAUUAAACAGCUUACUGCUAACACCAGCUCCAAACCUGACAGUUGCCAACGUGGCUGGAGGCUGCUGUACAUCCUGACCACUUUUCAUCGCUGCUCUGAAGUCCUCAAGCCCUUCCUGCUGAAAUACCUCCAGCAGGCCUCUCACAGCGCUGGGCCUCAGUAUCAGGGCAUAGCUAAAGCAUGCGAGCAGAACCUGAAGAAGACGUUCCAAUAUGGCGGCCGCAUUGUUCCGCCCAACAGCAUGGAGCUGAAGGCCAUGCUGGCGGGACGCAGUUCGAAACGUCAGCUGUUUCUGUUUCCUGGAGGCAUCGAACGUCACGUGAAAAUCAAAACGUGUUCUGUUGCUUUAGAGGUGAUUGAGGAACUGUGUUAUGAGAUGGCGUUACACAGACUGGAGGCUAUGGAAGAAUACGCCAUAUUUUUAGUCACCAAUCGAGGUCAGAAUGUGCGACCUCUGAACAAAAACGAGUACAUCCUGGAUGUGGCGACAGAGGCGGAGUUAGUCGACACCAACUACAGCUUCUGGUUCAGACGGGUCGUCUGGACUCAACCGCUCAAGUUUGAGAAUGAGCUUUGUGUGGCCAUGCACUAUAACCAGAUCCUGCCGGACUACCGUAAAGGACUGUUAAAUGUCCUUCCACACGGAAAAGUGAGCGAUCAACAGUUCCACCAGAUCUCCAAACUGGCAGCUUUGCAGCACAGAGCCAAAGACAUCAUCUUCAUCCCCAGCAUACAUGAACUGUCGGAGUAUAUCGCCACACCUCUGUUCAAAAAGCAGCCACCGCAGCAGUGGGUUACCAUGGUGACACAGCACAUGCAGCAAGUGCAGACCCUGAGCCCACACCAGGCCAGAGCACAGUUUCUGGGGUUGGUCAGCGCAUUCCCCAUGUUCGGCUCGUCGUUCUUCUACAUCCACAGCAGCAGCUCCACCACCUUCUACGCCCCCUGUAUUGUUGCUGUCAAUCAACAUGGUCUCCACUUCCUGCACAAAAAUACACACGAACUAAUGACAGUGGUCCCCCUGGUGGAGGUGCAAUCCAGCCGCACUCAGAGGCCCACCGCUGGAACGAGUUACCCGUACGUAGACCUCACCCUGGGGGACAUGAACGCACAGCGGGUCAUUCAGCUGCAGCUUGAGCAGGGCCUGGAGUUGUGUCGAGUCAUCGCCAUGCAGGUGGAAAACAUGAUGUCGGUGCGGGAGAAGAGGCUCACCCUGCCUCCGAGCGAAAUCACCAUGUUAUAACAUAUGCUAAAUGACAAACAAUCACGCACACACACUUGUAUGAACACAUUCAGACACACACAUGUAAAGAAAACCCUAAAUUAAUAGCCUACCUCUUCUUACCUCCGGGUUUUUGUUGUGUGUAGCUCUCACACACACACACACACACACACACACACACACACACGCACUAAUAUAAUAUGUGAAUGCAUACACGUACCUCUGUUAAUUAAUUGUUAUACUGCAAUAACUGAACACAGUGCAGCCCGGAGACAAAUACAAGUCAACGUUAAUUGAGAUUUCGUUUCAGGUUGACAUUUAUUAAUAUUUGCACUUGCUGCUGUAGUUUUAAUUGUUUAAACAUUAAAGAUGUUUUAUUUGUAUAGAAGCUGUUAAUGAGCAGUGAGGGAGCUUUGCAGGCCUGUGCCCAAGUUUUAUAACUGAUGAGCAACAUGUUUUUUUAUUUUUUUAUUUAUACUGUUGACUGUUAAACUUGACAUGUUACUGUAAACUAUUAUCAUUUUCAACAAAUGUUCAUGCACCAAUGUGGUUAUUUUGUAAAGAAUAUUUUAUCAAAAUAAAGAGCA